GGGCUAGCUUAUCCUUGCUAUAUAUCUAGAAGCUUCCGGUUUGAAGUUCACGUUAUACCAGAACUCAUCUGAAAAUCUCCAAGAAUUUUGCCAGAAACUUUGAUACCAAAGUCAGGAAAGUGCAUCCUGAUUAUUAUUUCCCUCGGAUAAGCGUCAAUUCACCGCGGCUACUACAGACUCUCGAAAGGAAUCUGAAUUAGAUGAAAUUCCUGGACUUCAUUUCACUUUUCAAAUCAAACGCCUCAGUUGAUUCAGAAUUAGAAAUCAGCCCGACUUCCCAUCUAUCCAAUCCUUCAGAUUUUCAAAAUUUCAAAAACAAUGACCGAACGCACCCAUCUAGCUUUUCAUCAUGACGCACACCUCUUUACCCUCCAAACCACCACCACAUCCAUAAGCCCUUUCCUGACGCUUUCCGAGGAAGAUAAAUUGCUUUUCAAAGAUGCCAAGGACGAUACACAUGUCAUCAUAACCAAAUCUACCAUUUUUCACCCUCAAGGUGGCGGCCAACCAUCAGAUGAAGGUGUUAUGGAGAGUGAAGAAGGAACCAAAUUCACCGUACAGAUGGUACGCAUGAGCGCCGCUACUGACGGAGAAGUUCUCCACUUCGGUUCAUAUUCCACCCCUACUCAAUUCCUCCCCGGUCAAGAAAUCACCCAGAAAAUCGACAAGGAGAAACGUCUCUUGUACUCCCGUUAUCAUACCGCCGGACAUGUUCUCGGCGCUGCAGUCCGUCAUCUCGUUUCUUCUUCCGUUCCCAAUUUCGACGAAACGAAAGCUUCGCAUUUCCCCUCUUCCGCAGCGUGUGAGUUUGCUGGCCUAAUAGAAAGUACCUGGAAAACGCCCAUCCAGCAAAAGCUCGACGGGUAUAUCGAGGCAGAUAUGCCCGUUGAGAUACACUGGUGGGACGAGGCAGAUUUUAUCGCAAAUGGAAUGGAACGAUUGAUACCCGACCGAGCAGCUAUGGGUAUGACAAAGGAGGAGAAGUUCAGAGUGGUGAAGAUUGUGGGCGCGGAAACUUAUCCUUGUGGUGGGACACACGUGGAUAGUACGAGCCAGUGUGGAAAGACGACUGUCAAGAAGAUUGCGAGAUCUAAGGGGACGAGUAGAGUCGGAUAUACGCUUGGCUGAUGGGAAUGACGUCAAAUUAUGCAAAUCCGUAGCUUUUAGCGAAGCAAGCACAAUUGUAUACAAAAAUGGAAAAGUCGUCCAAGGAAGAUGGAUACGAUGCUUCUGAGAUUACGGCGUAGUCCAACUUAUCUGGUAUGCUACUACUGUCACUGUCACCUUUUCGAGCUUCGGUAACUUACUUGCUAUUUCGAUUCCUCGGAGUUAAAGCACGAUGGGCUUCUUUUAAUAUAAAACCCCAGAUUUAGAAAGUUUCGGUCUAAUUAGAUGCUGUUCAGGAAGAUUUGACGGUAGAGGCGUUCGAGGAGAGGUUAUGGUGAAACAACAAAAAGUGGUUUGGCUUCGCAAAUUCUCUGUAUCUAUAGAUUAAUUGAAUUUUGAGUUAGACCGCAAAGAGGACAAUGAUUUAACAUUAAAAUUUUGAGACCUUUCUCA